AUGACAGAACGAUCUGACCGUCAAAUGGGAGCAGCGAGUGCAUCAGCAUCAUCCAUCGAGGAAUUCGUACAUCACAGCAUUCAGAGAACGCCAGGAAGACCUCAUCAGCAACAUCUACAUCCACCCUCCUCCCGAUUCCCCUCCGACCCCUCGCCCACCGUAUUUCAUGUUCACGCUUUAAAUGGUCAAGAACUCCCCACCAUCUCACACACUACUGAAGACAUCACACUCAUCACCUCUGGCAACCACACCGAGACUAUUUGUUUUCUUAUUUUGGACUCACCCCUGGCACCCGUUGUUCUUGGACAUCCGUGGCUCAUUAAACACAACCCCCGUGUGGACUGGAUUCAUAAAGCUGUGCUGGAGUGGAAUAAGGAAUGUCAUAAGUCUUGUCUUGUGCCUGCUUGUUCGUCUGUACCUGUUUCUGUAUUACAGGAGGAAGCAGGGGAUCUGUCUAACGUGCCCGCGGAGUAUCUGGAUCUGAAGGAAGUGUUCAGUAAGUCUCGUGCUGCUUCUCUUCCUCCGCAUCGUCCCUAUGACUGUGCUAUAGAUUUACUGCCAGGAUACAUCGUGUCGUCUGAGGGGAUGCGGAUGGACCCUGAGAAGAUCAAGGCUGUGGUGGAUUGGCCAAGCCCAGAUUCACGCAAGGCCCUGUUGAGGUUUCUGGGGUUCGCCAAUUUUUACCGGCGUUUCAUUCGCAAUUUCAGCCAGCUAGUCGCGCCUCUGACUGCCUUGACCUCCCCCCGAACUGCGUUCAGGUGGUCCGACUCAGCCGAGGCUGUGUUCGCUAAACUGAAAAGCUGCUUUGUUUCAGCUCCAAUCUUGAUAACCCCUGAUUCAUCACGUCAGUUCGUGGUGGAGGUCGACGCGUCAGAGGUGGGAGUAGGAGCGGUGUUAUCCCAGCGUUCACCUGUGGAUGACAAGAUGCAUCCUU